AGCUCGGCUCAAAAUAUACUCUGCAGUCGUGGAUAAAGUGGGUAUAAAACGAAGACUGUGCUUAGUCCAGUAACUAAGUUGUGGCCAGACAGUCUUCACGUAACCAUGUGCGAGUGUGUUUUCGUUGCAGUGUGUCUAGGAUGUCUCGUCCUGAUCCCUGUGAUAUUGUUAAUAAUGGUGGCCAUGGGAUUUUUCGUCCUAGUCUCAGUGUCAGUUUUUGGAUUUCUCGUCAUGCCCCUCGUAAUAGGAGGUGCAUUGCUACUUGGAUGGCUGAUCGUUUGGCUGUGGCAGCGAUAUCGUUUGGGGCACUGGCUACGAUUGGGCGUCCCCUUCAUUCCGGCCACGCCCUUUGUGGGAAAUGUGUGGAAACUUUUGCGCGGUGCCUGCUGUUUUGGCGAUCAAUUCCGGAAGCUUUACGAGAGUGCUAAAGCUGCCGGCCGCGCCUUCGUGGGAAUCCACGUCCUGCAAAAGCCUGCUCUGCUCAUCCGAGAUCCGGCUCUGAUCAAGCGCAUUUUGGUGGAAGACUGUGACCAGUUCUCUAGCCGCUUGGAGACCACGGACCACGUCUGCGACACUAUGGGCUCCCAGAACCUAUUCUUUUCCAAAUAUGAAACCUGGCGGGAGACGCACAGGAUCCUUGCACCAUUCUUUGCUGACGGAAAGGUGCGUCAGAUGUACGGACUUCUGGAGAGCAUUGGCCGGAGACUCGAAGUACAUAUAGAGGAGAACCUAAUGGGAAAAAAUAGUGUGGAGCUGGAGGUCAAACAAUUGGGUGCUCUCUUCACCACGGACAUCAUUGCAUCACUGGCUUUUGGCAUUGAGGCGCAUAGCCUGCAAAAUCCAGAAGCAGAGUUCCAUCGCAUGUGCGUUAAGGUCAAUGAUCCUCGGCCGAAGCGCCUGUUUCACCUCUUCACAAUGUUCUUCUUUCCGCGAUUAUCGCGCUGGGUUCGCAGUCAUCUUUACUCCGAUGAGUAUGAACGUUUUAUGCGUCAGUCCAUGGACAAUAUACUGGCCCAACGGGAGGAAAGUGGAGAAAAACGGCACGAUUUGAUCGACAUAUUUCUGCAGUUAAAGCGUACCGAGCCUGCGGAAAGCAUAGUACAUCGUCCAGACUUUUUUGUGGCACAGGCUGCUUUUCUGCUUUUGGGUGGCUUUAACACCUCGUCUUCCACCAUAACAUUUGCCCUAUACGAGCUGGCCAAAAAUCCAGCGAUUCAGAGGCGAUUGCGUGAGGAGAUUCGCGAGGCACUUCAGUCUAAAGGUAAUCAGCUGAGCUGUGAAACCGUCACUGGAAUGGUAUACCUGCGACAAGUGGUGGACGAAGUUCUGAGGCUAUAUCCGCCCACGGCAUUCCUCGACCGUUGCUGCAGCUCCCGCGAAGGUUACGAUCUAUCUUCCUGGAACUGCGGGUCGCCGUUCAAGUUGCGUGCGGGCACGCCGGUCUACAUAUCAGUGUUGGGACUCCAUCGCAAUGCACAGUUCUGGCCAAAUCCCGAUGUCUUCGAUCCGGAACGCUUCUCAUCCGAGCAACGCCAGCAUCACCAUCCCAUGGCGUAUUUGCCUUUUGGCGCCGGCCCAAGAGGCUUCAUUGGAACACUGUUGGGCCAGUUGGAGAUUAAAGUUGGACUGUUACAUAUUCUGAAAAACUUUAGGGUGGAGCUCUGCGAGAGGACUUUGCCGGAAAUGAAAUUCGAUCCCAAGGCCUUUGUCCUUGCUGCUCAUAACGAAACCCACCUCCGUUUCGUUAAAAAUCCAGUUUGA